AUGUGUGCGAGCGACAGAAGGAACUGGGAAGAGCAUGAGGAUCAUAUUAUCAAAGAUAUGGUCCAGAACAAGGGGACACGCAAUUGGACAAUGAUCGCGGACGCGUUGUGUCGAGUGAAUACGGCAGCUGGUGGCUGCUAUGUGGCUAGGUCGGCUAAGCAGUGCCGUGAGCGAUGGCACAAUCAUCUCGAUCCUCAAGUGAAUAAGAGGCCGUGGACGAGUGAAGAACAUAAGAUAAUAUUCGAGGCUCAUCGAAGGUUUGGAAACCGUUGGGCGGAAAUCGCUAAGUUGUUGCCGGGCAGGACUGAUAAUGCUAUUAAGAAUCUGUGGUAUUCGACGGUCCGUAGGAAUUCCCGCAAGCUGCUGCGGGAAGUCGGUGUGGAUGGCACUGGCAUUGGAGAGAAGAAGAGAAACACCCGACAACGGAGUGGGGCUGGGAAGAGGAAAGCUAUGAAUCUUACCGAGAGAGCUCCUGCCAGACAUGAGGGAAUUAAUUUGGAUGGUCAAAAUAUGGAUAUGUCAUCGUUCUUCAAUUGGGCCUCGGAUAUCACUGCUGAAUUGUCAUCAGGGACAGGCAACUUGAGUGAUUCGGACAAUACGGGGUCUCAGCGUCUCUCUCUAGUGAGUGUAUCUGAGGGCACUGAUGAAGCUAGUCCGGAAGGGUCGCCUACAUUCGAAUUACCAUCGUGGGAUAACUUGCAAUCUGAGGGGGUUGACUAUGCUUCAGCACUGGUCCGAGACAUCGAGCUCAUGGCCUAUUCCCAAGAUAAGGGGCUUUUGGGCAACUCUCACACGGAUGAUAUCGCGGUUAAGCUUAUGCAAGGAUUGCAUGCGACCGCGUCGCAGGAAAUGCCUGAGGCCUGUGAGGCUAAGUCGAGGCCACCUUCAGAGCUCGAUUCUACAGCGUUAGAUCAGUAUGGCAUGACAGAGACCAGUGAGGUGGACACUAGUCUUGUGCGGAAGAGACUCACUGAGGAGCUCACUGGUGUUGGAGGAGAGCCGCCUACCAAGCGGGCGAACGUCAGUGCGAGUGCUAACCCCGUGGAUGGCGCGGUCCUCUUGGCCUGUACAGCUCUGGACCUGAGCGACCGUGUCGCCAUGCAACCGCAGAUGGUCAAUAACGCGGUGCAGACCCAGUGGCAGGUUGAUCAUUCUACUGAUGCUACUUUGGGAUCUCUGGCGACUCACCUCUAUAUACCUACGCAGGAGCCUGGGUUGACUGGAUGCCCGGAAGUGGACAUGAUGCUAUUGCCACCUGAUUAUACUCCUAGUGUAUCUACGUGCACGCCUUUCUCUACGGUGAACGCGGGAGCGCAGCCUUGCACUGGUGCAGGGUCUUCGGACAGUUCAGUAGUGGUGAACAAACUUGGCCAAGGGUAG